UAAAUGAGCUCAGAGCACAUUCCGGCGCUCACCAUGGUUUCCGUCAAAAUUCUCGUUCUUCUUGCUUUGGUUGCUUUGGCGUCAGCCGCACCACAUGGUGGCGCAGGAGACAUAGCAGGUAAAAUCAAAGGCGGGGUGUCAGCAGGCGAGGGAAUAGUCGACCAAGGCGAGGAAGGCUGCGAGAAAGGCGCGGAAGGCGUGGCCAAAAAGGCGCCUGUCGUCGGUAGCGGGAUAGCCGGGGGUAUCGGCGCCGCGGGGGGGAUAUUUAAGAAGGGGGAGAAGAUUGUGGAGAGCGGAUGGGAUUCGAUCUAUGGAAUAUUCAGUGGUUUUGCCCCUUGCUAAAUAAUUUUGUACAGAUUUCUAGAUUUUAAUAUAAUAGACGUAAGCUAACCCUGCAAAAACUUUACCUUGAUAUGUAAUAAACGUCUGAAAAUAGAAUAUUUCCAA